UGCACGUGUUUGAAAAAAAAAAGAGAUUAGAUAUCGAACUCGGAUUUGUUGAACCCGAUCCUAAAUAAUUUUCUUUAGUUUCUUCACUAUAUAAUUACCUGAAUUUAAUAUUAUAUCAUAGCCACUUGGUCUAAAAUUAGCUUGUAAAGUAUGUAUUUAACUAAAUAUGUAUAAUAUUCUCAAUAAGAUAAGAUUAAUUUUAACUGCAUAAGUAACUAUAUAUUUUUAUAUGAAAUGACGAACUUCUAAUUUGAUUUAAAUAGUCUUCCCUUUACUUAAUCGUCGGUCAGUGACGAAAAUUCAAACCUGAAAAUAAGUUCUAGUUAAAAUGAGACCAAUCAACAAUUUUAUUCAAAUUGGCAUCUUCUUUUUGAUCUGUGCUGUGGUAAGUUCAAUCCUUUGAUAAAUUUCAACUAAAUAAAAUAUUAUUUGUUCCUAUUUUAUUAUUUCAUAGUGCCAAUGUGCAAAAUUUACAAUAGAUCUAGAACGAAUUGAAGCUAUUAAAGGAAACGAUAGUUUUGUUGAUUUCUCUGGCUUGAGAGUUAUUAGAAAAGGUCACAAUCACUAUAUAAAUGGAAGCUUUACAUAUCACUAUAAUAUGAGAAGUCAAUAUACGUAUGGAAUUAAAUCUAUGCAAAGUCCGACUGGAAAUAGCCGUUUCAUUGACAAACCCUUUUUCACAGUUGAUCCGACCCCGAUGUGUUACUUUUACAAUGUAACUUUUAAGGAGAUUCUUCGCCCAGCACUAACGGGUUCUUCAACUUUUCCUGAAAUACCACCGGCAGGAUUGUGUCCCAUUCCAAAAGGAACUUAUUAUGUCAAGGACAUGGCUGUAGAUGAAGACAAAAUUCCCUUUCACUUGUCACGUGGUCUUUGGAAACUAGAAGCAACUAUAUAUAGAGGUAAUACUCUUGUUGGUGGCUACAGGGUUUUUGCUAAAGUUGAAGAAAACCAUUAUAAAGAAUGAUGUGGAAGUUUCAAUCAAAUAAAAUUAUUAAAAAUUUGUGUUGGGAUUUGGGUUGAGUUCUGUUGCAAUGUCAUUAAGGAAUUAAAGCCGUCAUUAAGGAAUUUCAAGUUGUAUGGAAUAUGGUGUUAAAGAAAAUAAAGU